AUACGACGUUUUCAGUAAAUGUAUAAAUGUUCAUAAUCAAAAUUGUCGUAUGGGGAAAACACACGUCAGAACUUCUCAAGAUAUAUAAAAAUCUUAAACAAAAAUAACAAAUGACCUUAGGAGCUUUAGCUUAUAUAAAUGAUACAUUUGAUGCCAAUUGAAUAAAUAUAUAUUUUAUCUGCAUAUAAUCACUUACUUAACCAGUCUUCUGAAACUAACCAUACUCAAAAAAGAAUAUAAUGAGGUCUACAAUUAUUUUAACGAUUGUUUUAAUAAUCGUGCAAAAUUCAGUUGCUCCACCUGUGACGAAUGAUGAGGAGAAAAAAGAUGAUGAAACAUUCAAAGACUUUGAGGAGCAUGAUUGGGAGGCUGAUCCUAGAGGACCACCUCCAAAAUUUGAUCUUCACUAUCAACAAUAUUUACAAGAAGUUGUUGAAUUGUUGGAGUCAGAUAAAGAUUUCAAAGCUAAAUUGCGGAACUCUACUGAAGAAGACCUUCAGACAGCUAAAGUAGCCCAUGAAUUGAAAUUCAUUGAUUACAAUAUAAGAACUAAAUUAGAUGAACUAAAAAGACGUGAAUUAGAAAGAAUCAGGCAUUACGCAAUGAAAGAAUAUGAACUGACAAAUAAUAUUACGAUUACCGCUGAUCAUAUGGAUAUGCACAAUCAGCAUACAUUUGAAGUUGAAGACUUGAAAAAUUUAAUUUUAAGAGCAACUAAAGAUAUGAAAGAACAAGAUAGGAGACGGCGAGAAGAAUUCAAACAGUAUGAAAUGAAUAAGAAAUUAGAAGAAGAAAGAAAACUGCAAGGUGGAUUAUCUGAAGAAGAGAGAAAGAAAUAUGCCGAAGAACUUGAAAACAUGAAAAAAAAACACAAGGAUCAUAAGCCACUCAAUCAUCCAGGAAGUAAAAAACAAUUAGAAGAAGUAUGGGAAAAGGAAGAUCACAUGGAUCCUAACGAAUUCGAUCCAAAGACAUUUUUCUUCAUGCACGAUCUUGAUGGCAAUGGAUUUUGGGACGAAGACGAAGUAAAGGCGCUAUUUUUAAAAGAGUUAGAUAAAAUGUAUCAACAAGGAGCACCUGAGGACGAUUUAAUUGAGAGAGCCGAAGAGAUGGAAAGAAUGAGGGAACAUGUGUUCUCUGAAACUGACGAAGACGGCAAUAGACUUAUUGAUUAUCAAGAAUUCUUGAAACAAACAAGACGUGACGAGUUUGAAAAUGAUCCUGGCUGGAAACCACUUGACGAACAAGAAAUUUAUACACCUGAUGAAUACGAAACAUAUAAAAAAAAACACGAGAUCAAAAACCAAGUCGUAGAGGGUUUGUCACCACCACAGCCCGAUGCUGCACAUAAUCAGCAAUUCCCAUCGCAACCAGUUCAACAAGACCCUAAUCAAGUUCCGCAAUAUCAACAGCCACCUCAGCAGCAACAACAGUAUCAGCAACCGCCACAACAACAACAGUAUCAACAACCGCCACAACAACAGUAUCAACAACCGCCACAACAACAACAGUAUCAACCGCCACAACAACAACAGUAUCAACAACCACCGCAACAACAACAGUACCAACAACCUCCACAACAACAACAGUAUCAACAACCACCGCAACAACAAUACCAACAACCUCCACAACAACAACAACAAUAUGUUCAAACUAAUCAAAUACCCGUCCAACAGCAAUAUCAAGGUCAAGUUCCUCAACAGCAAAAUCAACAAUAUGUACAACAAAAUGUCCAACCCAAUGUCAAUCAACAACAAAAUAUCCAACCUAAUGUUAACCAACAGCAACAACAACCAAAUGUACAAUUAAAUCAAAAUCAACAAAAUAAUUUGAACCAACCGCAACAAAAUGCUAUCCCCCAAACAAAUAAUGUUUAAAUUAUUGUUUAAAUUUUCUUUGUUACAAUAUUAAUUUUACAAAUUAAUGACAUUUAUUUUAAAUUUUUAAACUGUUAAAUUAAUUGAUAAACUAAUAGACGUCUGUGAAAAGUAUUUGAAUUAAAUAUAUUACUAUUCGAAUCGAA